AUGACUAAGCGGUUCUAUUCAUAUGACAAUUACAUUCAACUUCGAUUGGUGUGUAAGCAAUGGAACUUGGAACUACCAAAGAUUCCUGAUGGCAACAAAGUUCCGUGGCUGGUACUAUCUACUGGCAGUGCUGCUAAAGAAUCUUUCCAAGAAGAAGUUCGUGCUCCCGAGGAUGAAGGAAUUGGUAGUCUCGAAGAGAAGGGGAUUUACCACCUCAUGUUACCAGAUAUGCAAGACAACAUCAUGUAUGGUUCAUAUAUGAAGGGCGACCGUAUCACUCAUAAUCUCAUUUUGGUGCAUAAAAUCCAAAUUUGGAAGGCUAUUAUAAAUUCAGCUCCUAACAAUGACAAUGACAGUGAUUUUAUAGCAGUGGUCAUAUAUGGAUUAUUCCUAGAAUUGGCCUUUUACAUGCCAAACGAGAAUAGAUGGAUUAGAUUUCCAACAAAAGAUCUAGACGACGUUCAUGAUGUCAUAUUUUUUGAAGAGAAAAUAUUUGCAGUAGACGGUAAUGGCCAACUAUAUGAAUUUGAUACAAGAACAAAGUCAGGACCAGUGGGAGGAAAACAUGAAGCCACACCACCUCCAUCCAUUGUAGGAAUGCCUAAUUGUUCUUACUAUCUAAUUGGAGGUGAUAAUGGAAGUUUAUUGAUGCUGGUAAAAGGGGUAAGAUAUAGGUAUUACAUGAAGAAUCAAAAGCGGUUCUGCAAGUGCGAGACUGUCAAAUUUGAUGUCUAUGAAUUGAAGAAAAAUGAGAAAACAUGGUCAAGAAUACACAGUUUGGGGAAUUACAUACUACUAAUUGGACGCAAUUCUUCUGUUCAAAUACUGCCAAGUAAUUUUUUGAAUUGCAGAGGAAAUCAAAUCUACUUUACAGAUGACAUGCAUGACAGACGUGAAGUGUACUUUGAAAACACUACUCCCGCUUCUCAGAUUGGCAUCUUCGAUUUGGAAGAUGGGAGUUGCCAAACAUUUUUAACAGAUGUGGACUCUUUUUGUCAUCCUAUUUGGAUAUUACCCUAG